CCUUCUAUCACGCUCAAGCUAUCAUCAAAAUCAUCUAUUCUUGUUCGCAUAGCGGCAUAGCGACCGGAACCGGAGGUUUUCAAUACAUAUUUGGAAGCCGAAACAAGCUGGUCCGCCCAUGAUGUCGCUAAGUAGCUCGACUCUACCUAGGCACCCUGGGAAGGUAUAAGUACAAUGAUGAAGAAAGAUAGACGUAAAGCAGGCACCUACUCCCACAUUCUCAUCUCAACUUCCAUCUGCUAUGUCUCUAAGAAUGCGAGACUAUCGUGUUAUUGCUGCUCGAAAGCAAACCGAAAGAAACAACAAGAUUCCUCCACAGUGGCUGAUCGACUCAGCGCUACGCAAUGCCACGAGCGUUCUACAUAUUCCCAUCACCUGCGGCGUUCUGAGUGAUGUCGAGUGCGACAUCACCUCAAAGUUCGAUGCCACGACGCUUCUCAAGAAGCUCAAGGAGGGAACCUGGUCUGCUGAGCAAGUCACUACGGCCUUUUGCAAGAGGGCUGCUAUUGCUCAACAGCUAGUCAAUUGUCUCACAGAAAUAUUCUUCGGCGAGGCGAUCGAACGCGCCAGACUCCUCGACAAGGAACGCAAAGAGAAUCCCAGUGACGUCCUUCCACCCUUUUGGGGCUUACCCAUCUCGCUCAAAGAUAGCUUCGACAUCCUUGGCCAUGACUCUUCGACUGGAUUGGCCUGCUACGUUGGACAGCCUGCAGAAGAGAACAGCUCUCUUGCUGCCAUGCUACUCGACCUAGGCGCUGUUUUUUACUGCAAGACAAACGUUUCGCAAUUGACCAUACCUGCCGACAGCGACAACAACGUCUUUGGCAGGACACUAAACCCUCGCAACCCUACCUUGACUGCUGGUGGCAGCACCGGCGGCGAAGGCGCCCUCAUUGCCCUACGCGGGAGUAUACUCGGCGUCGGUACUGACAUUGGUGGGAGCAUACGUGUUCCAGCACUUUGCAACGGUAUCUACGGCUUCAGAACAAGUGUUGGACUGAUACCUCACGAUGGAGUUCGCAACCUUACAGUACCAGGUGCUGACGGAGUACGCUCUUCCGUAGGGCCUAUGGCAACCUCAAUCCGGGAUUGCUCCCUAUUUAUGAGAACUGUCAUGGAGUCAGAGACAUGGAAAUACGACAGCACAAUCAUCUCGCUGCCAUGGCGGAAUCUACCAGUCAAAAAGAAGCUCUGCAUUGGCCUGGUUGAGGACGAUGGCAUCUAUACGCCGUCACCACCUGUUCGACGUGGCCUCAAGAAGGCUGCUGACCUUCUUCGUAACAACAGUGAAAUUGAGCUUGUUCCUAUCACUUUGCCAAACACCAAGGAACACUACAAUGCUCUACUCCGGUACUUUUCGUAUCCAGGAAGUGAUCACUAUCGCGAACAGCUCGCCAGGACUGGAGAGCCAGAGGUACCCUCACUGAAAGCGAUUCAGCUUUUGAACUUCGAGGGAACGUCAUUGGAAGGCCUCUGCAAUCUGAACGUGCACCGAGCAGCGGCUGCGAAGCAAUAUCAGCGCUUGUUUCUUGAUUACGGAAUAGAUGCAAUUCUCAUGCCUCCUGCACCACAUACAGCCGUUCCUCUUGACCAUUGGACAACCGCUUCCUACACCGGUCUCUGGAAUUAUCUCGACUUUCCGGCUGUGGUUAUUCCUGUCGAUGAUGUAGCAGCGUCAGAUGCGUUAGACAAAACAAUCACCGCGAAGUAUGGGCCUGAAGAUGCGAAGGUCUACAGUCUAUACACAGGACCAGAGUUCUUUAAAGAUACGCCAGUGUCUAUCCAGCUAGUCGGAUACAGGCAUGCAGAUGAGGCGCUCUCGAAUGCAGCUGUCCUUAUCGACUCUAUUAUCAAUACAUCGACUGGUAAGUGAUAGAAAGGUUCAGGGACUCUCCAAACGAAUUUUCGGAUCCAAGUAGCCU